AUGGCGACUAACAAACCAUUGCAUCGACUGGGCUCUCCUCAACAGCAUAUUCCUAUGUGUAACGAACACAAUUAUUUCCUUGAUAUCCAAUGUGAAGACUGUGAUCUAUUUAUUUGUUCUUCAUGUGCCAAAACGGACCAUAAAGAACACAACUGGGUCACGAAUGCCACGGCAGCCAGUAAAAGAAGAAAAGAUAUAGUACAAUACAGGUAUCUAGAGACGAUAAAAGAAGUGAAUCUGUCUGGAAUCGAUGAAAAAAUUGACGAGGCAUUGGCACGUAUUAAGGAAAAUGAAAAUCAUUGUGAUCUACAGGUACAAAAGCUACGAAAACAUUAUGAUGAAAUAAUUAUGAGACUGAUAGAACUCAAGAACUUUCAGGAAAAACAACUGAAAGACAAUAUGAUUCAGAAGAACAAACAAAUGAAUCUCAUGAAAUCUGAAUUAGAAAAGCAUAAAAAAGACAUUUUGGAACUUGUGGAAUUCUUAGAUGAGAAUAAUAGCACUAUGUCUGAUUAUAGUCUGGUUGACAACCAUAGAGAACUAAACAAGAGACUCUCUGACGUCAGAGUCGAUAUGAAGAUCGGUAAAAUGUCUGUGAGUUACAACACUGGGAAAAUAAGUGAAGAAAUAUUGAAGUCUUUGAUUGGGCAGGUGUUGAAUUUAGAUGAUAUUUAUAGUGCAACUGAAACAAACUCAUUCAUGUGCGGAGGAAACGGAAUACAAAGGCUUAAAGCUUUCAGUGAAGAAACUUGUUUUAUUACAAACUACAAAGAAAGAUAUCUAGAAGAAGUCGAUAGACACGGCGAGAGAAAACUUAAAAGUAUUAAACCUAAUGAUAUUUGCUUGACUGGGGCGGGCUCUAUAUAUUUCACUCAGUAUGAGACCAAGUCUAUCAAUCGCCUUUCCCCAUCAGGAUCUGUUUCUGUAGUGGCUACCACACACCCCUUUUCACCAUAUGAUUUAUGCCAAACUGUGGAGGGAAAUCUGUUGGUCACUCUUCAUGACAUGGACGAAGAUGGAUUAGAACUGGGUGUGGUCAGACACAUGACAUUAACUGGCCAGGUAAUCCGUGACUACGAGUACAACGAAGACUUGUCCAGGUCAUUUGCUGAACCAACCACAGUCACACAAAACAGAAAAACAGACAUAGGUGUUAUCGAUUGUAAGGGUGAAUUUUCAACUGAACUUGUGAUUUUUGAUCUCUCUGGUCACGUUAAAUUCGUUCAUCGUGGAGGCUGUUCGGAAAAGGAUUCAGUGCUGUAUCCAGCUGACUUCGUGUUUGACUCCCUCUGUAAUAUCAUUGUUUCCGAUAUAAACAGAUGGUGUAUCCAACUCCUUAGCCCUGAUGGGAAGUUCCUAAAAAUUUUAUUAACUGCAAAAGAAACAAACUCUUCCCUCAAUCUAUCGCUAUUCGGAUCUACAUUGUGGGUCGGAAAUUCAUCAGGUCUUGUCAAAGUAUUUCAAUAUAAAAACGAUAAUGCCGUUAAUUUAUGUCAUUAA